GUGUUGUAAUGGCGCCCACUGUAUGAAACUUCUCUCUCUGUCCUUUCCCGCAACUUUCACCUUCUUGGAAUUCUUCUUCUCAAACUUGUCUCUAAUUCUUUCGGAACCCUAAAAUUUCCAAUUUCCUUGCACGAAAAUUCACCGUUUCUGUAACUGCGCUACCUUGUAUCCCUAUAUAGACACAUAAAUCUGUGUAUAUAUACAUAUAGAGAGAGAAUUGGGGCCGCCUGCAGCAAUGAGCUGGAGGAGAGUGGCGAAGUCGUUGCAGGCACUGGCAGCGCAUAGCUUGUUGCUCUGCUUCACCCUUUUGCUCGUUCUUAAGCUCGAUCGCAUAAUCUUCUGCUCUUGGUGGAUAGUAUUCUUCCCUUUAUGGCUAUUUCAUGCAGUUGUUGCUCGGGGAAGAUUCUCGCUGCCUGCUCCUGCAAUUCCCCAUGACCGUCAUUGGGCACCAUGCCAUGCUGUUGUGGCAACACCAUUGCUGGUCUCCUUUGAAUUACUUCUGUGUAUCUAUCUUGAGAGCAAAUAUGUCACUCAUUUUCCAGCUGUCAAUUUAAGAAUCGUGUUCCUUCCCUUGCUGGCAUUUGAGAUAAUUAUAUUAAUUGACAAUUUCAGAAUGUGUAAGGCUUUAUUACCCGGAGAUGAUGAAGGCAUUAAUGAUGAGGCAAUCUGGGAGACACUUCCUCACUUCUGGGUUGCAAUCUCCAUGGUGUUCUUUGUAGCUGCUACAGUGUUCACCCUUCUCAAACUUACUGGUGAUGUAGGUGCCUUAGGCUGGUGGGACUUGUUUAUAAACUAUGGUAUUGCCGAGUGCUUUGCAUUUCUUGUCUGCACAAAGUGGACUAACCCCAUGAUUCAUAGAAGUUCUCCUACACGAGAACCAAGUUCUUCUGCGUCUAUUAGAUACCUUGACUGGUUUUCCUCGGAGGACCAAUCUGAAGAUAGAAUGUGCGGCCUGCAGGACAUAGGUGGCCACCUAAUGAAAAUUCCAAUUAUUUGUUUCCAAGUUCUCCUAUGUAUGCGCCUAGAGGGAACACCUGCAGGGGCUAGAUUUAUCCCUCUUCCGGUUCUGUUCUCCCCAAUUUUUGUCCUGCAAGGAGCCGCAGUUUUAUUUUCUCUGUCCAGAUUCAUUGAGAAAAUUGUUCUUUUACUUCGAAGUGGAGCUGUUACAGGAAGAUAUCAACUGUUCUCUUCUAGGCUUCGUGAUUGCUUUGCGUUUAUCCACCAUGGCUCCAGGCUCCUUGGUUGGUGGUCUAUUGAUGAAGCAAAUCGAGAAGAACAGGCCCGACUCUUCUAUGAUGGUGCAUCCGGUUAUAAUACCUUUUCUGGUUAUCCACCUGAAAUAGUGAAGAAAAUGCCCAAGAAGGAUCUUGCCGAAGAGGUUUGGAGACUUCAAGCAGCUCUCGGUGAGCAAACAGAAAUCACAAAGAUAAGCCAACAAGAAUACGAGAGACUCCAAAAUGAAAAAGUCCUUUGUAGGGUUUGCUUCGAGAGAGAGAUUAGUGUAGUUCUCCUUCCGUGUAGACAUCGAAUCCUCUGCAGUGCCUGCUGUGAAAGGUGCAAGAAAUGCCCUAUUUGCCGAGUCAUUGUUGAAGAGCCGUUAUCUGUAUAUGAUGUAUAGCUUUAAUCCGUCAAUUUUUAACUUGGCUUGGAUUGAAGUCCUUGGUAAAUGUAAAAUGUCUCUCAGAUCAUGUGUCUUACCUGGAGCUCUGCACAUACAGUUAACCUAUAUAUAUAUAUAUAGAGAGAGAGAGAGAGAUAGAGUUGCCAGUUUUUCUUACUUUGACUGAACUAACACCAUAGCUGGGGUCAUCUUGAGAUUUCAGUUGCUCUUAUCUUUUAUUUUGCUUGUAAAUCAAUGUGGGUUUUGUUUUUUUAUGAGAAAAGCUGUAAUUAUUUAUAUGUGAAACUUGUUUCAGAAAAAAAAAAAAAAAAUUAUAUGUGAAAUUAAAAUCACCCUUUUCUUUUUAA